AAGUAAAUCACUGGAAUGCAAGAUUGUUUAUAUAUAUAUAUAUUGAAAUGCUUUGCACAAACUGUGCAGUACAUUAAAGUGAAGAUAUUGUGUUUUUUGGUUUUAUUCACAGUGACACACUUGUUCAGAGCAUUAGCUGAUUGCCAAACUAACACCACAAUGCCGGAAAAGGAUUACGAGCUGGACGAUGAUGAGCUGUUUCAUUUUGAUUUUGAUAAGAAGGAGGCGGUGCAGAGGCUCCCCGAGUUCGCUAAGUACUGGAGUCCUCCUCAGGAUGCAGCAGCAUUAGCAGAGAGAGACAUGCAGACCUGCAUACACAACGUGGACGGCUUUGCAAAAUGUCAUCAAUACCCUCCAGAGAAACAAGUCCCUCCUCGUGUUACACUGUACCAGGAGAAUGACCUGGAGCUGGGGAAGCCCAACACUCUCAUCUGCUUCAUCGAUGGCUUUCACCCAGCAGCCAUCAAAGUGACCUGGACCAAGAAUACCAUGCCAGUGACUGAGGGAGUCACCCUCACCCAGUAUUACUCCAAUAAAGAUUUCACCCUCCAGAUGUUCUCGUACCUGAGCUUCACUCCGGAGCUGGGAGAUGUGUACUCCUGCCAGGUCCAGCACAGUGCUCUGUCUGAAACACUCACAACGUUCUGGGAGCCGGAUGUGCAGACAGAUUCUGAUGUUGGGGAGACAGCGUUCUGCGCUGUGGGGCUGACUCUGGGGCUCCUGGGAGUGGCUGUCGGGACCUUCUUCCUCAUCAAAGGGAACAAGUGCAACUGAUUACAGGGUUUUCCUUUUGAUGAAGAAUUCCUGCUCUGCUCCAGCUUGUGUUUAUAAUUCUCAUUAAUGUAAAUUGUCUGCUCCUGUGGAGGGAAACUAGAAGUGCUGGGCAGCUGUUUUUAAACCUCAUGUAAACCCUAACAACUAGCGAGGCAGUACAAUUCAAUGGAAAUGUAUCUAGCAUCAUGACAAGGCAUCCUAAAAGUAUACAGAAUAACCAGCUGAGUAAACUGAAAGCAGUGUUCAUUGUGAAUUGCUGACAUCAGAUACAGUAAAAUCACCAAAUAUUAAUUCAUGGAAUACGCAGGUACCCCAAUAAGGGAGUCAAUUCCACAAAACAUUCCCACUGAGCGAUUAUGACAGCACCAAGAACCAGCCCUCAACAAACUCUAUUGCAACCUCUGUUCAAACUCUUCAUAAACUGUAUUGUAUCUUCAGUCAAAAAAUAAAAUGCCAAAAGUACUACAAUUUAUUACUAGCAUACAAUAGUAUGUUCUAAAAGGCAUUCAAUAAUGACUGGAUGUAAUGUUUCAAAUCCCAGAGCCUGCAAUGGGAUGUUGAUUGGAGCCACUCCUGCAUCUCCUCCAUUGAUGAUGCAACAAGUCCACAGUGUCUUGGUCUCCACAUUUACAUCUCCACAAACAGUGGAUAACUAAGUCUUCUUUAAAACACAUUCUCUCACCUCAUAUUGGCUUUAUUCACAUUAUCACUGGUCCCUCCCUUUAAAGGAGCACUGACCAUCUUCAAAAUCAAUUCUCAUAUCUAUUAGCUUUAUGAUCACUGGCCCUUUUUCUUGUGCAGGAAAUCUUUUGGUUCUUUGCAAGUAUUUUCUACUCCAAUUUGGAAUGUGCAGAUAUUUCAAAAGAACCUAGAAGUUGGGUCUAUGUCCAGGUACAAACGCUAGUAGCCGAGUUCCACUGCAACGAACCAUCUAGAAUCAGGUCAUAUAACCAACAGCACCACAACACAAAGAGAUACCAGGAAGAAACGGGUAGAAAUACUUCUGGUUUUUUAUCAGCAGAUUUUAUAUGGUAUUAAAUAAACAAGCAACAAACCAAAAUAUCUUGAACACAUGAAAAGGAGGCCUAUGAUAGUUAUGCUGCAAGCGUUAUUAGGAGAUGAGAUGUGUUUUUAAAAACCUUGUUCCCACUCCUUUAUUAACUUAAUUUUUAUUUACUAUAUACAAAGGUGACCCCAGUAGAGUUUACAGUAGAUACACUUAAAUGUUGCUGUAGCUCAAGGAUAUAAUUCAUUCACUCUCUAUGUGGUCCAUGGGUACUUUCCUGGAAAGUCUUUUUCCUCCCAGGAAUAGCACAGUGUGAUAUCUGCUGUGUGAUUUAAACUGAAAAUGUUCCUGUAUAGCUUCAUAUUUUACUUCAUGUAUGCGAUGCUUCAGAGGGCUGAUGCUUUGACAGUGUUAUUUAAAUGUGUCUUUUUAAAAAUCUGGCUCUUUUAGGAGUACAUUAGAUAUACAGUGGAUUGGAAUUGCAGCAAUAAUAAACAGAGGGACUUCGAAGCUGCUUUUUGCAUCUUUAAUAUUGUAAUUUACAGCUUAACUUCUGAAAUAAAAAUCAAACUUUUUUUUUUCCUGUUCUGCAUCAUUUUCAAAGAGUUAUUUUAU